GAGAAGGGAGGUGUUUUGUUUUAUUAUUUUGUGAGAAGGUCUCCCUGGUGUUGAGAACACACAUCUUUAAGCUUCCUGAAUCCCUAGUCCACAGCUUCGAGGUGGGUAACAAGGAAGACGGCUGCUUUGAAGAGACACACUUAUAUAGCAUUUUAAGGAAGAAACAAGCAUGGCAUUUGCCGGAAUUUUGAAAGAGGAGGACAUUGCUGCUGCGGUCCAGGCUUGCCAAGAUCCAGGCACCUUUUCUCACAAGUUCUUCUUUGAGCUAGUGGGGCUCCUUGGCAAAUCGAAAACAGAUGGUCAAAAGGUGUUCAAAGUCCUCGACCAAGACAAGAGUGGAUUUAUUGAGGAAGAGGAGCUCAAACUGUUUCUCCAGAACUUUGUGGCAGGAGCCAGAGAGCUGACAGACGCUGAGACCAAAGCUUUCCUGGCUGCAGGAGACUGUGAUGGAGAUGGCAAAAUUGGAAUGCAAGAGUUCUGUAUGCUGCUAAACUGAAAAGUGUACUGAUGCUGAGCCCCUACAAUUUUCAUUUUAUUGCUAAUUUUUAAUUAUGAGAAUCAGAAUUUUCAGUUGUUACAAUCAAACUGUGCUAAAUAUUAAUAAAUAUAUUGUCUUUAAUGAUUGCUUGUCCUAAUGAA